UUGGACAAGUGACUGGCAACAACACAAGCGAAAACACAGCAGAAGCAACCGACAACUAAAACACCAACUUUUGGGAUUACUUUGAAAUUAUCAGCGUGUUUGAACGGUAUUUUAUGUGGCAACAAGGAUCUUUUUAAAGUGCAUUUUAUUUGGACAAAGUGAACGGUGCAGCCGGAACUGAAGGAUUUUAAAAGCCCAUAAAAGGAGACCAAUGUAAGAGGUGGUCAGGUGCGCGUGAGGAUGCAGAAAUCGCCCGUGGAAGAUGCCAACUUCUUGUCCAAAUACUUCUUUUGGUGGACAUCUCCACUGCUGAGAAAAGGCUUCACAAAGAAACUCGAGCUCACAGAUGUGUACAAAGCUCCAUCCUUCGACCAUGCAGACAACCUGUCUGAGAGACUGGAGAGGGAGUGGGAUCGAGAGGUGGUCUCAGCCAAAAAGCCCCGUCUGCUCAAAGCUCUGGCCCGGUGUUUCAUGGGACCUUUCGCCUUCUUCGGCAUCCUCCUCUACUUUGGGGAGGCCUCAAAGACAGUGCAGCCGCAGCUGUUGGGUCGGAUCAUCGCGUCGUUUGACCCAUUUCACGCUCCAGAGAGGUCACAGGGGUACUACCUGGCCCUGGGGCUCUGCCUGCUGUUUGUGGCCAGGUUUCUGCUCCUUCAGCCAGCCAUCUUUGGACUGCACCACCUGGGCAUGCAGAUCCGGAUAGCACUCUUCAGUCUCAUAUACAAGAAGACACUGAAGCUGUCCAGUCGGGUGUUGGACAAGAUCAGCACAGGGCAGCUGGUCAGCCUCAUGUCGGCGCAUCUCAACAAGCUGGAUGAGAGUUUAGGGUUGGCUCAUUUCGUGUGGAUUACACCGCUCCAGUGCAUCCUGUGUGUGGGGCUCAUCUGGGAGCUCAUUGAAGUCAACGGCUUCUGUGCGCUGGCGGCUCUCACCCUGUUAGGCAUUGUUCAGGCUUGGCUCUCCCAGAAGAUGGGCCCUCACCGGAUGAAGCGUGCUGGUCUCAUAAACAGGCGUUUGGCUCUGACGUCUGAAAUCGUGGAGAACAUUCACUCAGUCAAAGCGUAUGGCUGGGAGGACAUCAUGGAGAUCAUCAUCAAGAACAUCAGACAAGAUGAAAUGACGCUAACAAGGAAGAUCGGCUCUCUGCGGUACUUCUACAGCGCCGCGUACUUCUUCUCCGCCAUUUUAGUCAUCGUGUCGGCCAUUGUCCCGCACGCGCUCAGUAAGGGCAUCAUUCUGAGGAGGAUUUUCACCACCGCCUCCUACUGUAUGGUCCUGAGAAUGACACUCACCAGACAGUUACCCGGCUCUAUCCAGAUGUGGUACGACACACUGGCUCUCGUCAAGAAGAUAGAGGAGUUUCUGAUGAAGGAGGAGUACAGAGUUCUGGAGUACAAUCUGACCACCACAGAACUGGAGCUGGUCAAUGUCUCAGCCUCAUGGGACGAGGGCAUCGGAGAGCUGUUUGAGAAGAUCCAGCAGGAGAACAAGUCCAGACCUCCACACUCAGACCCAGGACUGUUCUUCACCAACCUGUACGUGACCCCAGUGCUGCGCAACAUCAGCCUCUACCUGGAGAAGGGGCAGAUGCUGGCUGUGGCCGGGUCCACUGGAUCUGGGAAGAGCUCACUGCUGAUGAUGAUCCUGGGAGAGCUGGUGCCCUCUGAGGGUAAGAUCCGGCACAGCGGUCGGAUCUCCUUUUCUCCUCAGACUUCCUGGAUCAUGCCCGGGACCAUCAGGGACAACAUCCUGUUCGGACUCACAUACGACGAAUACCGCUACACCUCCGUCAUCAAGGCCUGUCAGCUCGAGGAGGACUUUGCUCAGUUCCCGGACAAGGACAGGACUCACCUGGUGGAGGGCGGGGUCACUCUGAGCGGAGGUCAAAGGGCAAGGGUCGGUUUGGCCAGAGCCGUGUAUAAGGACGCAGACCUGUACCUGCUGGACGCUCCCUUCACUCACCUCGACAUUGUUACAGAGAAGGAAAUCUUUGAGAAAUGCGUGUGUAGGCUCAUGGCCUCCAAGACUCGCAUCGUGGUCACUUCUAAACUGGACCAUUUGAAACGUGCCGAUAAGAUCCUGCUCCUUCACAACGGAGACUGUUACUUCUACGGCACCUUUUCCGAGCUCCAAGCCAAGCGUCCGGAUUUCAGCUCCCUGCUCCUUGGACUGGAAGCUUACGACAACAUCAACGCAGAAAGACGAAGCUCCAUCCUGACAGAGACAUUACGGAGAGUGUCCAUAGACGAAACUGCCGGAUUCCGAGGCCAGGAAAACCUACGGCAAUCUUUCAGGCAAAAUCAUAACCCGAUAAUCUCAAAUCAAAUGCAAAACGGAGGGGAGAGUCAUCCGGAAAAACGCAAACAGUCUUUAAUCUUAAAUCCUUUAGCUGCGGCAAGGAAGUUUUCAAUACUCGGCGGGAGUAACCAACCCAACCCGCAAAAUACGACCAUGGAAGACGGCGUGCGAGAGCUGAACGAGAGGAGGUUUUCUGUAGUGCCAGAGGAUGAUCAGGUGGAGGAGGUGUUGCCACGUUCGAACAUGUUUCAUCACGGUUUCCACCAUCUGAACGGACAGAGGAGGCAGUCGGUUUUAGCGUUUAUCACGAACGCGCAGGGGCAGGAGAGGAGGGAGCAGGUGCAGUCGUCCUUCCGGAAGAAGUUGUCCAUAACUCCACAAUGCGACCUGGCCUCAGAGCUGGACAUAUACGCGCGGAGGCUGUCCAAAGAUAGUGUGUACGAUAUCAGCGAAGACGUGGACGAGCAAGACAUGGAGCAAGCAUUUGCAGAUGAGAACGAGAAUGUGUUUGAGACGACCUCAUGGAGCACUUACCUCAGAUACAUCACCACCAACAAGAGCCUGGUCUAUGUGCUGGGCUUCAUCUUCCUCAUCUUCGUCAUCGAGGUGGCUGGAUCCGUCAUUGGCAUUUACCUCAUCACUGAUAAGAUCUGGAGGGACAGCGCUAACCCAAACUCUCCAAACUACAUUAGCGAGCAGCACCCGAACGCCUCGUCUCCCCCGGUGCACUUCGCCGUGAUCGUGACCCCCACCAGCGCCUAUUACAUCAUCUACAUCUAUGUCGCCACCUCCGAGAGCGUGCUGGCCCUGGGCUUCUUCAGAGGGCUCCCCCUAGUGCACACUCUGCUCACUGUGUCCAAACGCCUCCACGAACAGAUGCUGAGCGCGGUGCUGAGGGCUCCGAUGGCCGUGCUCAAUACUAUGAAGACAGGUCGAAUCAUGAACAGAUUCACUAAAGACAUGGCCACAAUCGACGACAUGCUCCCCCUGGUUCUGUUUGACCUCAUUCAGCUGACUCUGAUCGUGACCGGAGCCAUCUUCACCGUGUCCAUCAUCCGCCCGUACAUCUUCAUCGCUGCCAUCCCACUGGCCAUCAUCUUCAUCAUGCUCAGGAAGUACUUUCUGAGGACCGGACAGCAGCUCAAACUGCUCGAGGCUGAAGCACGCAGUCCGAUCUUCUCCCACCUGAUCAUCUCGCUGAAGGGGCUGUGGACCAUCCGAGCGUUUGGCCGUCAGACGUACUUCGAGAUGCUGUUUCACAAAGCCCUGAACACACACACGGCCACAUGGUUCCACUACCUAGCCACGCUCCGAUGGUUCCUCUUCCGCUGUGACAUGAUCUUUGUGCUCUUCUUUGGCGCUGCUGCCUUCAUCGCCGUGGGAACCAACAGGGACAAACCAGGAGACAUUGGGAUCAUUGUGGCUUUGGCGAUGCUGAUUCUGGGAACGUUUCAAUGGGCCGUGAUCACCAGCAUCACUGUGGAUGGACUGAUGCGCUCAGUGGACCGGGUGUUUAAGUUCAUAGACCUGCCCUCAGAGGAGCCAGUUUCUCGCUCGGCACGCUCUGGUCCAGACCUUGUCCUGGAGAAUCCUCAUGUGCAUGACUACUGGCCCAACAGAGGACACAUGGACGUACAGGGGCUGACCGUCAAGUACACAGAGGCCGGGAGAGCUGUGCUGAGUGACAUCAGCUUCACUGUGGACGGAGGACACAGUGUGGGUCUUCUGGGUCGCACAGGCUCGGGUAAAAGCACUCUGCUCUCAGCUCUGCUCAGACUGGCCUCCACAGAUGGAGACAUCUCCAUCGAUGGAGUGUCUUGGAGCUCUGUGUCUCUGCACACCUGGAGGAAGGCCUUUGGGGUUGUCCCACAGAAAGUGUUCAUUCUGACCGGGACGUUCCGGAUGAACCUGGAUCCGUACAGUCGCCACAGCGACGAGGAGCUUUGGAGAGUUGCAGAUGAGGUGGGUCUGAAGUCAGUGAUCGAGCAGUUUCCUGAUAAACUGGACUUCCAGCUGGAGGACGGAGGCUACGUCCUGAGCAAUGGACACAAACAACUGCUGUGUCUGGCCCGCUCCAUCCUCAGCAAGGCCCGCAUCCUGCUACUGGAUGAGCCCUCUGCAUAUUUAGACCCUAUAACGCUGCAGGUCCUGAGGAAGACUCUGAAACAGUCCUUCUCUGACUGCACAGUCAUCCUGUCCGAGCACAGAGUGGAGCCUCUGCUCGAGUGCCAGUCUUUUCUGAUGAUCGAGGGCAGCUCCAUAAAAACAUACGACUCCAUCCAGAAACUCCUGAACGAAACCAGUCAACUCAAACAAGCCAUAAGCCCCCAAGACCGACUGAAAGUGUUCCCAAACCUGCACCGCCUCAACUCCAGCAAGAGGGCGCCAAAUCAGGGCCCAACCAAGAUCUCCAGUUUGCCAGAGGAGAGCGAAGACGACGUGCACGAUACCAGACUUUAAAGACCAGAGACCAGACCAGAAAGUAGACCAGAGACCAGCGACCAGAGACCAGU